AUGCAGGCUUUCGGUGAGAGAUGGCUACGCUGCGGCGCUCGGUCGCGUUUGCGACGCACCCGCUCACGAUCGCAGUGCCCAAGAACCGCCGCCCCAAGUUCGACCUGCGCCUGAGAAUCGUCGACCUGAACAACGUGCCGCUCGUGUCGGGCACGUCGUUUGUCAAAUGGCACCUCCCGCUCUCGACGGCGGCCGAGCACCGCGGCAAGACAGACCACUGCCCGGUCAAGGAGCACAAGGUGCAGUACAACUACGACAUCACGCUGCCCGUGCGGCUGACGGUGGACAAGAACGGGAUGCUGCAGGAGAGCUUCAUUGAGCUCGAGGUGGUGCAGGAGUACGCGGGGUCCGGCCGCGGCGAGCGCAUCACGCUGGGCAACGUGAAGCUCAACCUGGCCGAGUACGUGGAGCAGAGCGAGCUGGCGGCGGCCGAGGGCGACGACCCCGGCGUCACGCGGCGGUACCUCAUGCAGAACAGCAAGAUCAACAGCACGCUCAAGCUGGGCAUCUACAUGCGCCAGACCGAGGGCGACAAGAACUUUGCCGCGCCCGCGCUGAAGACGGCGCAGGUCUUCAGCGGCAUUGCCGGCAUCAUGGCCGGCGAGCAGGCCGAGCUCGAGGACAGCGGCGUCGCGCCCUCGCUGACGAGCAAGUCGAGAGACGCGAGCGAGCUGCAGGACAUGUACCGGCGCACGCUCGCAGCCUACUGGUCCGCGCAGCCGGGCGAGCUCAAGGCGGACGAGUGCAUAGAGGACAUCUUCGCAGGCGGCGACGGCUGGGGCGACCGCGCCAAGCCCUACUCGCCACAGCGCGGCCUCCGCUUCACCGCCACAGCAACGGGCGACAGCAGCGCCUCGGUGAGCGGAGACGAGCAAAGCGCGCAGGGCGGUCGACGGCCGUUCCGCAAGUCGCAGGAGACGCUGCGGGCGGGGAGCACGCGCUCAGGCUCCGGCUCAAGCCCCGCCUCGCCCAAGCACGUCCGCAGCCGGGGGAGUCUGGAGCAGCAGGCGCACCACCUGAAGGCCGAGGCCGAGCGGAAACGCCAUCGUCCACACCACGAGGUGGAUGAGUUUGAGCUGCGGCAGGACCUGUGCAGUUGGAAGCGGCCUAUAUAG